AUGCCUGGCAUUGUGAGCCUGAUUGACAAGGACCUGUCAGAGCCGUAUUCAGUGUUCACGUACCGCUACUUCAUCAACAACUGGCCGGACCUCUGCUACAUGACCAUGCAAGGGGACCGAUGUGUGGGGGCCAUUAUUUGCAAGCUGGAUGUCCAUCGGUGCCGGCGGACCAACCGAGGCUACAUUGCAAUGCUCGCGGUAGAGAAGGAGCUGCGGGGCCGACGCAUCGGCUCCAAACUCGUCAAGCUAUGCUUGGACCGGAUGCAGCAGCUGGGCGCAGACGAGUGCGUUCUGGAGACAGUGCCGUGGCUUUGUGAUGUGGAGAUGACGCUCUGGGUGGGGGAAGUGGGGGCUCUACAAUGGAGAUCUGUAGGAACCUCUGGACGCCUUUCAACGGGGGCCAAGGGGAAGAGGCAUAGUCGGUCUAACAUCAAGCAUCGAAGUAUGGGCUUUGUGAAGGAGAAGCGCUUGCACAAGAGCCUUGGCGCAAAGUACAAUUCCUCGUACUAUCUCAACGGGAAUGAUGCUUUUCGGUUGAAGUUCCUGUUCAAGUUGCCAGACGGUUUCUCACUUGCAGACACGAAACAUGAAAGCAGCUUGCACAUGAUUCAGGGCGCGGAUGCAUUUGUGAACUGCAAGACCAGCCAGCUUGUAGUCCAAGCGUCGCAGUCUGAAGCCAACCGGGUUUGUGGUUCCCUGAAUGCGGACAUCAUCAUAGAGAUUAGUCGGUUCCCGAAAAAGGGCGAGACCCUAGGGGCCCGUAGUGAAGACACUGGUGUUAUGGUGCCUGGCGGGAAAGGCGCCAACCAGGCAGUGGCAGCUUCCCGGCUUUCGGCCGGCACCCCAAGGAAGGCGCAGUUCAUUUGCCAGUUUGGGAACGAUUCCCAUGCCGUUAAACUGGAGCAAGUUCUAGCGGACAACAAGCUGGACCUCAGUGGCUGUGGCAGGGCGCAAAAGCCGUCUGGGCAAGCCUUCAUUUUUCUCGAGGCUGACGGUUCCAACUCCAUUCUCAUCGUCGGCGGUUCUAAUGUGGCGUGGCCUGCAGAAGUCACAGACUUCGAGAGGCAGAUACAGGGCGCAAGCGCCGUCCUACUCCAACAGGAGAUCCCAAAGUAUGUCAAUGAGGCAGUGGCCAAAGUUGCCCAUGCUGCAGGCGUGCCCGUAAUUCAGGAUGUCGGCGGAGAGGAGAGGGAGUUCUCAGAUGAGCAUCUCCGCCGGCUCGCCUACAUUUGCCCAAAUGAGACCGAACUUGAGAGGCUCACCGGGAUGCCAACAGACUCAGAAGCAAAAGUUGUAGCCGCCGCCAGGACCUUGCAGAAGAGGGGCGUCAAGAACGUCCUAUGCACUCUUGGAUCGGAUGGGGCUGUGCUGGUUACCGCCGAGGGCAAGGUUCUCCGACAAGCCAGCUUUCCCGUGCCCGGCGGGAAAGUCGUGGACACCACGGGAGCGGGCGACUGCUUCCGCGCGGCCUUUGCCGUGGCGCUGGUAGAGGGAAAGCCGCUGCAGGAAUGCAUGAAAUUUGCUGCAGCUGCCGGUGCGCUGACAGUGUCGAAAUAUGGAGCAGUGCCAAGUCUGCCAACAAGAGCAGAGGUCACCGCCCUGGUGGGUUGA